AUGGCCGCCUCCUACGUGGCCCUGCUGGCGCUGUGCCUGUUCCUGCCGCCGCUGCUGCUGGUGGCGUGGAAGCACUGGCGGCGGGGGCGCGCGGCCCGCCACGUUACUGUCGUGGUGCUGGGCGACGUGGGCCGCAGCCCCCGCAUGCAGUACCACGCGUUGUCACUGGCCAAGAGCGGCUUCUCCGUGACCCUCCUGGGGUUCUGCAACUCUAAACCCCACGAUGAGCUCUUGCAGAGCGACAGAAUUCAGAUUGUGAGACUGACGGACCUUCAGAGACUUGCAGUUGGGCCUCAUAUUCUCCAGUACGGAGUCAAAGUUGUAUUCCAGGCAGUGCACUUGCUGUGGAAGUUGAUGUGCACGAAGCCAGCAGCCUACGUCUUUCUCCAGAACCCUCCGGGCCUGCCCGCCAUUGCGGUCUGCUGGUUUGCAGGCUGCCUCUGCGGGAGCAAGCUUGUCGUCGACUGGCACAACUACGGCUACUCCAUUAUGGGUCUGAUGCAUGGCCCCAGCCACCCCCUCGUUCUGCUGGCCGAGUGGUACGAGAAGCUCUGCGGACGCCUGUCCCACCUGAACCUGUGUGUGACCAACGCGAUGCAGGACGACCUGGCUGAGAACUGGGGCAUCAAAGCCGUGACCGUGUAUGACAAGCCAGCAUCGUUCUUUAAAGAGACGCCCUUGGACCUGCAACAUCAGCUCUUUAUGAAGCUGAGCCACACCUACCCUGUGUUCAGGGCCCGCUCAGAAUCUUCGGACAUGGACACGGAGAGGUCAGCCUUCACGGAGCGGGAUGCCUUGAGUGGAGCAGUGACCCGUCUUUGCGGGCGGCCGGCCCUGUUGGUCAGCAGCACGAGCUGGACAGAGGACGAAGACUUCUCCAUCUUGCUGGCAGCAUUAGAAAAAUUUGAACACUUGAUUGACAGUGGAGAAAGCCUCCCUUCUCUGGUCUGUGUCAUAACAGGCAAAGGGCCUCUGAAGGACUAUUACAGCCGUCUCAUCUGUCAGAAGUGCUUCCAGCACAUCCAGGUCUGCACCCCGUGGCUGGAGGCUGAGGACUACCCCUUGCUUCUGGGGUCUGCAGACCUGGGCGUCUGCCUGCACCGGUCCUCCAGCGGCCUGGACCUGCCCAUGAAGGUGGUGGACAUGUUUGGAUGCUGCCUGCCAGUGUGUGCCGUGAAAUUUCAGUGCUUACACGAGCUUGUGAAACACGAGGAGAAUGGGCUGGUCUUCGAGGACUCGGAGGAGCUGGCAGUUCAGCUACAGAUGCUUUUCUCAAAGUUUCCUGAUCCUGCUGGCAAAUUGCACCAGUUCCGCAAGAGCCUCCGGGAGUCAGAGCAGCUCCGCUGGGAUGAGAGCUGGGAGCGGACAGUGCUCCCUUUGAUCUCGGACACGUGACCCCUCGGGCCAGUGAGGUGUCCCGUGCGGGACCCUUGGACGCCCACCCCCUCGCCUUUCCCCUUCCUCCCCAGGAGCCGCUCGCUCCUGUCCUCACGGCUGCGCCGCCUGGUGGACGGCUGCUGGAAAGACAGCAGUGGGCACCGCCUGGGGAAUGAGGCCACUGUUGGUAAUCAGGGGCUGGUGGCCCGGGAAGCUGGCUCAGCUGGCUUUCUUCUUGGGAGGCUCUGAAUUCCUUGUUCUUCUGUGAGUGUUUCCCCCUCAGUCUGUGAGGAGGGAAGUGACCUUCCCGUUACUUGCUUGCAGCAUCUUCAGGAUCCCAGUUCUGGCUCCUGCUGCGUUUGCCCGGGUGUGUCCCUAAUAUUUUGAUUCCUGCCUUGAAAACAGGCACUGCAGGCCACCCCCGCCCCCCAACAAGGGGACCCUAGGAUGUAUCCCACAUGCAGCAUGGCUCUGUGAGGGACGUGUGUCCAGGUUGGGGAAAACACACUUGGUGGAUGUUUUUAUCUGCACAAAUGAAAUGCUUCUGUCUGAGCCAAAAAUUUCACUUCUGACUUACAGUGAUUUGCUUAAGAAAUAAGAAAUCUGGCAGAGAGGGGUACCCACACAGUCGAGCAGUUUAUAUUUUGUUAGAACACUUUACGGUUCCGGAUUCAGAAUUUAACAUCCUUCAAACAUUCAAGUCCAGUGGAAGUUUUAUCAGAUUCUUUCCAGGACAGUGAUUUGAUUUUCGGGCUGUCCGUCAGAACCAUCUGGAAAAGCUACAGCGUUAGUUUCAGAAUCGCCAUCUCUGAGUGCUCUUCGUAGGGAAACAGUUUCUGGUUGUGAUGAGGUACCUCUUCCCAUGGGAUCCCAGCCCGGCCUGGAAACAGAACAGACACAUCUUAGGGUGCUGGAGCUUGGGGGCGGGACGCCAUCCUAUCAGGGUGGGGCUUUGGGACAGACACCCGGAACCAGCCUCCAGGGUGGGACCAGGAAUCCCCUUGGCAAGCAGCUCACAGCAGCCAGGUUUCGUGCAUGUGCCCACUGGGCUGUGUGCGUCCCCUGGAGGUCACGGCCCUGUUGGUUCCCCAUUGCCCUCUGCCUCUGUGCUCUACCCUCUCACCGGGCACAGCUCAGUAGGAGCCGAGGUCUGAACCCACGCCUGCCUGACCGCUCAGCCUGGUGCCUUCAGAGGCUGGGCCUGUGUCAGAGGGGAUUACAUCCUCUCUGUAAGCACAGAUGUCUUGACAAGUCCCCGGCAAGGGUGGUUUUGUCAUCAGCUUUUUAUGAAUGAAAAAUCAGUAUUUAUAAAAAUGAAAUACUAGAUGGACUGUGUAAGUUUCAUGAUCCUGCUGUCCAAGUAUAACAUGUUAAUCAUGUUAAUUAGCAUGUAUAAAAUUUCCC